AUGCAGAACCUUCGCGUUUCCGUGCAGCUACUCGAACAGACGACACGUGAGGACCAUAUUACGAAGCUCCCGAACGAGCUUCUAAUCGAAAUUUUUACCACCGCACUAUGGACCAGCGGACGGGUUGACUAUCCUUUCCUCCUCUCCGUCAUAUGUAAAGGAUGGCGCGCCUUAGCAGUUAACUAUCCACCCCUGUGGACGCGCCUCUACAUCACCGAAUGCUCGCCAGAUUAUAGUCCAGCCGCUACAGCGCUCGUCCUUGACACCGACUUGGGACCCAAGGCGAUCUUCCCUAGAGUGUCUUCAUUUCUCAAACGUUCAUCUCAUCUAGAUAUCGAUGUAUUCAUUCGAAUAGGAUCAGCACCAUUUCACGACGACGCGAGCCUCCAGCCGUCGCAUAUGGUCUUUACCGACAAGCACUUUCUCUGUAUCUCUCGACUCCUCGUCCAGCACGCGCAUCGUAUCAAAAACUUUUCCGUAGACACAGGAUUUUGGAGUUCCCACGUCAAUGCUUUAACUGUGUUCCGUAACGUACCAAUGCCCCGUCUGCAAGAGUUCGAGAUCUGCCACCGAUCGUAG